CCUUGAGGAACAAGUUGUUGGAUAUGAGAAGCCCGGUGAGGGGCUAGGGCGGAGUUAGCCCUCCGUGGGGUGAACCGGAGGGUCAUGCGAGAGACCCAACAGACUGCAUGUCACCACCUGAGGCGUGAUCCGCAUAAAGCCCCGUGGCCUACAGGAGCCGUCCCAAGAAGGAGCAAGUGGAACAAGUUAUCAAUGCAAGAAAAAGACCCUGUGAGAGGGGGUGGAGUGCGAGAGGCCCUAGUGAGAGGAGGGCGAUCUGAGUGCAUGUCUGAAUGACAAAGGACUAAGUUGGCCUGGCUUUAGACUGGGAGCAUAAUGUCAUCCUGGGUGCCAUCUGCGAGGCACGGGCUUCAGUGUAGGGGAGGUUGGGAGCUGUGGAUAGCACCCUCUGGCAUCGGGGCAUGUAAUGGGUAGUCUUCUGCAUUUACCACCAGUUAUGGGAACAGCAAAGUCAUGGCAGGUGACACUGGGCAGACUGCCCCAUAGACAGGUGAGCAGCCCUGAGCUUGCCCCCUGUCAUAGACCCUGAGGCAUCUUGAUCUCCCCAAAACGGUGCCGCCCCGCAGCUGGGGGAGGGCGCGGGGAGCUCCAGCAGGGAAGGGGCAGCAAUGCAAGUCAAACACUGCAUGUGCUUCUGCAGGGCUGCGCUGGAAAGCUGUUUGGGACUGAGGCGUGCAGACGGCGUCCACGCAGAGAUGAGCUCCCAGGAAAACAUUGUGUGCAGCAAGGAAGAAAACCAAAGCAAAUGCUACAUUUCUAAAACUGAUGGCAAAAGCUGCGUCCCGCUGAACAAAGACAAGGAGAGAAUCGCCGCAGCAGCAAGGCAGAGCGCGCUGGAGAUCCUGAGCGAUGCGCUGAAGAAGAAGGACCGCGUGCUGAUGAAGACGCCCCGGGACCUGAUUUCCUGCGACUCUGAGGAUCCCAAGUUGUGGAUGAAACGGUUUGCAGUCCUGACGCAGCAGCGGGUGAGAGACCUCAUCUUGGUGCCGGAGGAAGCCAAAUUCAUGGAAAAUCCUUUCAGGAAGGAGGUUUAUGCAUGUGUUUAUCCAAAAUCUGGAGACAAAACCAUUGAUUUGUGCCCACUCUUCUGGGAGGCUCCGAGUCACCUUGACAUAGAUUCUCAGCCAGGGAUUUUAAUCCAUGAGGCCUCGCACUUCUUGGGCACAUGUGACAUCACCGAUGAGGUACUCAGCAUCUAUGUUACCUGCAGGGGACUGAUGAUGAAAUACAACUCGAGAGAUGCAAAUAGUCCAAAAUGUGUUCCUCUGGCGAAUGCGAUGGUAAAUGCCAAGAACAUCCAGUACGAGUUUGAAGUGACCCUGCGGCACCGGGGAGACUACGCGCGGGGCAGAUACUCCUGCUGCGGGGAGCCGGCGAGGAGCUCCGUCUGCGAAAGCGCCGUGCCCGAUGACUUCCUCAUGUGUCCGAACAACUGGAGCAAAUUCCUAGGGAGGUACAUUGAUAAAGUACUGAGGGAGAGGCUGCUGCCGGCCCGGGACAGGCUGAAGCAGCACGUAGCAGAGCUUCGGGGAAUUGCCAACACUGCGGACGAGGUUUGCAGAGGAGCCACGAUAGCAGACGUUGCCAGCGGGUCAUCGAGGCUUGGGAGCAUAAUCGCCACUGUCGGGCUUGGCCUUGCCUCCGUGGCCUUCAGGACAUGGCUGGCUGUCUCCCUCAUGGGGCUUGCCAUCUCCACAGCACACAGCCUGAUCGGCACAGCAGCGACCAACACCAACGUUGUGCAGAGUCGAAUCGAGGAGGAGGAGAUGAACGGGCUCCUGGGCCAGUGCCAGGCUGAGGUGCAGCUAGAGUUAAUUACCGAUUGCCCGCUUCAUGUGGGCUGCCAAGUGUGGUUUUCUUUGCCAUUACAAGCAGUAAGCGGGUGCCCAGUCUCAGGAUGGUGGACACAAGCCUGCAGGUAUCAUAACAUUUGUUUUUGGUGUGCAGUUCUCCCCCUCUCCGUCCCCCACAAGCCAACCUGCAGUUCCAGGAGGCAGAUGCUUUUCCUGGUCCAUCCUGGUGACUGAGGCUUGAGGCACCAGCCUGACCCAAGGCUUGUGCCUGCCCCAUGCUAGAAGGGGACAGAUGGGCUCCCAGGCGGGCAGGCGGUCUCUUGGCCAGGGGCCCCCGGGAGCAGUGUUAUGACACGUGAGUCACUGUGUAGCCUGCUGUUGUGCAAUGCAUGGACAGGGAUUGUUUUGGGGUGCAGGGACGGUGCUUCCCCCAUGGCUGCUGUGCCAAGCCCGGCGCAAAGAAGCCUGACUCUGCUGCCAAGUCGGGUGAGUUCUGUGGCGGGCCAGUAGGGGGCGCUCCUGCACUGAGCCACCCACCUCCCUGCGCCCGACCCCCAACCAAGCCCCAUGUGCCUCCCCAGGGGUGUCAACGUCUGGCCGACCCCCUUCCUGGAGCACACCCGCAAGCCUGGGGUAACUGCUGCCACCACCCAGGGGCUCUGGUCUGACCUCAGGCCCUGCGCCCCCUGGGACACACAGGCCUUUUAGACCCGGACCUGCUUGACCCACUGCAAGAACUUGGGGUGCUUCCUUCAGCCUGUCGCACAAAAAGUAGCCUCUCUUCGUCAGCCAAGCUAAGGGAAUAAAAAGCCAUGCCCAAACCCUCUCAUGCAUGUACCACAAACCUUGUUAUAGCAGAACGCUUCAUUGGUUACAGAGGCUAGGCUUGGGGAAGGGUACAGGUUAGAGAAGUAUCACAGAAUAACCUUAGAGCAAACACUGUCAGCUUAAUAGCUGGUUGAUAUACUUCUACGUUAUGGCAAGCUAGAUCUCUAGAUAGGUUUCAAGUACUUUACUCACUUCAGCAUCCUGAGAGAGAAAGAGGGUUGCAGAUGUUCCAGUUGCUGAGUGUAUUUUCACACGGCUGCCCCUCCUCCUCUCUACCUGUUAAGUCCCUCACCCUAUAGAGCCCACCUCCACGGGGGAGUGGGAUUUGGUUAGAGAACUCCUGCGGGCCAGGGGCAUAGUCCGUCGGGCAGCUGAGGGAUCGGGAACCAACAGGCUCAGAGCAUGUUUAGGAAAAUGUCCUUAUUCAGGAAGGUUGGAGCAGGGGACCAUGAAGUCAAGUGGGUGCAGAGGGAGGAAAUUUCUCCUCUCCGUAAGGAGAUUUUGAAGGGUGGUCCUAGUCCAUGGAGGGAGGAUGUAUGCGCCCCAGGUUUUUCCAUAGGGGACAUCAAGGUCCAAUUUGAAAAAGUUUGCCUUUGUGAAAAACCCUCAGCUCAAAGGCAACACAGUGCCCUGGUUUGGCUACUGUGAGAAUAGCAACUGAGGAAAAAGCUCAGGGAGCCGCAGAAGAACAAAUGUGCUCAGUUGGAGACAAGCAAUCAGACCCUGAAAGGACUGUCUUGGAAUUUGGAAAAUGAAAAGGAAAAAUUGAGGAAAGUAAAUCAAGAUAACGCCCAACAACUGGAAUCCUUGGGCCAGGAAAAGGCUAGCUGAGAAGCCUUACAAAAAUUGCUAAAGAUAAAGCGAACGGGGAGCCAAAGCAAACCACGGCCCCUGUCAGAACACCAUUAAUCGCUUAAAGCACAAACUCCAGGAGCGCAGCCUGCAAGUAGCAGUGUCAUCUGGGGAGAUCAAGCCUGGGACCCAGACAUCCCCUUCAACCUGGGAGAGAUUUGGGGUGGGAGGUAUAGGGAGACGCAGAGGACAUGAUGGAUCCCUCACCUGAGGGCCCCAAGUCCGAGAAGGAGAGCGAUCUGGUGCCUGAGGUGAGUGCAAUCGCUUGAACCUCAGUCACCCGGGAUGCACAGGGAAACCACAUACGUGACGGUUCCCCUUAGUGGAGUGCAUCUCACCACCGUGGGCAAGACCCUGGGGCCUGCUAACAUCAGGAAUUUGGGGCAGUGGUUGCAGAAAUCCUUAAAUAGUAGUAGAUGUGAAACCCUGAGUGUCCGGGAAUGGCACCACUUGUUAAGGGCCUGUGCCACCCUGGAGAUCUAGGCAGCCGUGAGCCACGAGGAUAGUUUUCGGGGAGGCACUAUUUCCCAAAGCAUAGCAGACUUGGGGAUCAAUCUAGGGAGGAAGACGUUCAAGGGACAGUUUGGGGAGAGCCACCGGACACCUGGGGAACCUGUUUGGGACUAUAUGGACAUUGGGACUGCUUUCAGGGUCAGUGCUGCCCCUGGACAGGGUGGGCAAUCGGACACCUGACAUCAGGAAUAUAGAUUACCCUCCUGGCUUUUGGAAGGAAGUACAGGAGGGCAUGCACCCGCCUGUAAUCGGACUAAUGGGGCCGCUCUGAGAGACCCAGAGCUACACGCUGGGAGAAGUCCUACCCCGGGCUCAAGAUGCAGAGAGACUGAUUGAACAGCAAGGGGCGGGGGGGCCAUUGCAGCCACCCAGUUCAAGGAAAAACCCAAUGAUACACUGAAUUGCAUGGUCACAUAUUCCAAUGAAAGUGCAUACUCUAAAUCUGACUGGAGGGUUGAGGGACCAAAUCACCGCCCCAGCCCACACCCGUGCAUCCCCUGGCCUGCAAGGGAAAGGGAGAGUGGGAUUUGGGUGGCAGUGCGGACGUUCCUGAAGCAGCACGGGGAGCCCAGGAGAGGUGGGACAAGUGGCCCCUAGCUGAUUUAAUUGACAGAGUGACAGAGCUGAGUAAAGGGUGGGCAGCAGCAUCCCCCCACCCUAACAGGGUAGCAGCCUCGACUCCCAUCUCUGAAGAGUGCUGACGGGGCCCCCGUAACGGGACCCACGAGCAGAGCCCAGGCUCAUGGGAAAAAUUCGGCACCCUCAAUUGGGACCCAGGAGGGAGACCCCAAGUACCCAUUAUGGUGGGGAACCCUUGGCACACCAGUGCGCUCCUGGACACCAGAGCUGUGCUGAAUGUUUUCAGGGGAAAAUGGGACCUGAGCCAAGUUGGGACUGAACGAAUAAUGCUCUGGUCCUUCGCAGGGCAGGAAACCAGCGGGGCUGUGUAAAAAUACAUUCCCUCCCCUUCCCCAACCAUUUCUGACUUUCUUUCUGCCCUCUCCAUCCCUUAUCAGUGAUUGCAAGUAGCACUAGGUAAGCUAAGCUAAGUUCUUGUAUACUAUUAUUGUAAUAAGCUACUUUUUUAUAUAUUGUAAAUAGU